AUGGAGCUAGUUGAUGAAGUUGAGCACAGAAGUCUUUUCAGACGAGAGACAGAUUCCCUACAAACGGAAGCAGCUUCCUUGAUGGAACGCAAAGCUAUAGCAACAAAGAACAGUGUGCUCCAGAGCUUCAAGAUCGUGAUUUUGUCGAAUAAACUCAAUAUUUUGUUGCCUUUCGGUCCUCUAGCAAUACUAGUCCACUACUUGGCAGAUAAUAAGGGAUGGUUCUUCUUGCUGAGCUUAUUAGGAAUUACACCAUUGGCUGAACGUCUCGGAUAUGCCACAGAGCAAUUGGCUUGUUAUACAGGUCCAACCGUUGGAGGCCUCCUAAACGCUACAUUUGGAAACGUGACAGAGCUGAUUAUAUCGAUGAUUGCUCUUAGAAAUGGAAUGAUACGCGUUGUACAGCUAACGCUGCUCGGCUCCAUUCUGUCUAACAUGUUGCUUGUACUUGGCUGCGCUUUCUUCUGCGGCGGCCUUGUGUUUUUCCGGAAAGAGCAAGUCUUUGACAAAGGGAAUGCGGUUGUGAGUUCGGGAAUGCUUUUGAUAGCUGUCAUGGGACUACUCUUCCCCACACUUCUUCGUUACACGCACAGCGAGAUUCAAGCUGGUUCAUCAGUGCUUUUUCUAUCAAGAUUAACCAGCUGCGUAAUGCUUGUUGCCUACGCUGCUUACCUCUUUUUCCAGUUAAAGAGCCAGCUGAGUUCUUACGAGAAAAUGAACAAGAACGAAGAAACUUCAGACGCUGAUGAAGAUCCUGAGAUCUCCAAGUGGGAAGCUAUCAUCUGGCUUUUAGUCUUAACCGCUUGGGUCUCUCUUCUUUCCGGGUAUCUUGUAGAUGCCAUAGAGGGUGCUUCGGUCUCAUGGAAGAUACCAAUAUCUUUUAUUAGUGUUGUCUUGCUUCCUAUAGUUGGGAAUGCGGCCGAGCAUGCAGGCGCUAUUAUGUUUGCCAUGAAAGACAAGCUCGAUCUGUCUUUGGGAGUGGCUAUUGGAUCGUCCAUUCAGAUUUCUAUGUUUGCGGUUCCUGUCUGUGUGGUGAUGGGAUGGAUGAUUGGUGCACCAAUGGACCUAAAUUUCCAGCUCUUUGAGACUGCUAUAUUGUUCAUUACUGUUAUAGUUGUAGCUUUCUUUCUCCAGGAAGGGACAUCGAACUACUUCAAAGGAUUGAUGCUCAUUAUUUGCUAUUUGCUAGUCGCUGCCAGUUUCUUUGUGCACGAAGAUCCUCACCAAGGUUAG